GAUGGAUAACCAUAUACGCACUAUUUCUCGGGCGGCGUUCAAGGACUUGACUAGUCUUAACAGACUUCAUCUCACAGACAAUCCGCUCGUCUGCGACUGCCAGCUGCGAUGGCUCAUUGUGACAGUUCAGGCCGGCGUCUCCAAUCUCACAGUAUAUGGCGCUAAGUGUAGUGAACCCGUGCACUUGAAGGGGCGUGGCAUAAUUGAAGUCACCCAAGCGGAUCUCAACUGCAGCACGCACGAUACGAUUGAGAUAUUAAAGGCCCCUAAUGCCACAUACGAUGUUGAGCCCAAUGUGACGAUUGUCAUUGCCAUAGAUGCCAUCACGGACCCAGACUGGCAGAACCAGAUAAGCUACAAAUGGUUCUGGUACUUGCCAGUUACCACGUCGACCGGUGACCAAAUUAUAGAGAAGCAGCCAAUCCCACCCACCUCCCGCUAUGACAAGUACUUCAAGCUGUCACUGUCGGGCAAGGAGCUGACCUUCACCAUACCCGACGUGAAAACACCUGUAAUGGCGGACAAUAUUGCCGAGUAUGAUCUCUACCAGGACCUCACGGAUGACAGGCUUUUCUCCAUCAAUAUCAGCCACAAGUUUGACCAUCGAGUGGUGAACUUCACUGUGAAAGGAAAAGAGCUGGAAAAAACAAAUACGAUUGAGAUAUUAAAGGCUCCUAAUGCCACAUACGAUGUUGAGCCCAACAUGAAGAUUGUCAUUGCCAUAGAUGUCAUCACGGACCCAGACUGGCAGCACCAGAUUAGCUACAAAUGGUUCUGGUACUUGCCAGUUAUCACGGCGACCGGUGACCAGAUUAUAGAGAAGCAGCCACUCCCACCCACCUCCAGCUAUGACAAGUACUUCAAGCUGUCACUGUCGGGCAAGGAGCUGACCUUCACCAUACCCGACGUGAAAACACCUGUAAUGGCGGACAAUACGGCCGAGUAUGAUCUCUACCAGGACCUCACGGAUGACAGGCUCUUCUCCAUCAAUAUCAGCCACAAGUUUGACUAUCGAGUGGUGAACUUCACCGUAAAAGGAAAGGAGCUGGAAAAAACAAAGGCGUCAACAUCCCAAGCGCAUGUGUACAUCGGAAUUGGGCUCGGUGCCGUUGUGUUAGUUGUCACAGCAGCAGUUAUGAUCUUCAUAAGACAGAAACGAAGGAGGCAUAACACCCCCAGCUCUCCGAUGGCAGACCCCGCACUAACUCCGAUAGAUGCAGGAAGAGGGAAUCAAACACGGACAGAGAGUAUUCAGAUGGGCAGCGAUUUUGUACGCUUUGCAGACCAUGAUGUAUAUAAUUCGAGUGAUUUUGUUGACGAAGAGAAUGUCACAACAACGAGCCUUCAAUCUAACGACCCGCAAUCAAGGAAGCCACUAGUAGCACGAUCAAUGGUUAAUUAAAACCAUUGACGGCACAGCUUUCAAGGGGAAUACCAAUACCAUUGAAACCAAAGGACUAACCGUUACGUUAAACGAGCUUCACUUUCAACAUGACACCAGUGCCAACAGAGCUUUCAAUGGGUAUACAUGCCCCGCUUAAAAUAAGACAAGCAAUUGUCCCUUCGCACAGAACAUAAAUGACAUUACAUUUUUCUAUUCAUAAUUUGCAAUCUUGUAAAAUGGGGAGGAAUAGUUUAAU